AUGGCGAAGAGAGCCGAAAUUCUUGCCUCAAAGAUUGAUUUGGAUGAUGUUGCCAUUGAUCCCGCUCCAUUCCAACUGGUCAAGGGAACAUCCCUCUACAAGGUGCAUACAUUGUUCUCGUUACUGGCUUUGAACCACGCCUAUGUCACGGAGAAGGGGCGACUUGUUGGUGUGGUAGCCCUGAAAGAGGUAAUAUUUUUUUUACAACGGUCAAAGAGGAAUUGGUCGAAUAUCCAAUUUACAAGAUUAUAA